AUUGGGAAGCCGCGUUUGGCCAAAACUUUUAGUGUGUUUAUUAGUUUUUAUUUCCUUAUAACUACAUCAAAAUGAACUAAGUUAACUGUAUUGGUGCAUAGAAAAUACUAAAGAAACAUCAUGGUUGCAAUAGACUGGAAUAGAGUGCUUGGAACCGAUGUAGUCAACCUUGUGCAGAACGAGGAAGAAGUCGACAGUCUUGUCAACAUUCUGGAUGGGGCCACCAUUGAUGAAAGUGAAGUAACUGAUCCUUCUAAGAUGGUGAAAUUAUUUGAAGUAACACAGGCAUGUAUGAGAUACAAGAGGAGCCAAGUGGAGGCAAUGGAAGAAGAAUUAGAAAUAUCUGUGAAAAAAGAGCAAGACUUCCUUGAUGAGGUUGAUAUAUUGCAAAGGGAGCUUGACCAAUACAGAAAACAUGCUGGUUCAGGAGGAGACGACUUCAUGAGAGAAAUUCAAAGUCUGUCCAAUAAGAAUAGGAUGCUUGAGCAGGACAUCACUGAUAAAGAUCAAGCAUUAUUUCAAGAGAAGAAUAAAGUUGAUAAGCUUAGUACCAAGAUAGAGGAAAUGGAGAGAGAGAACAGAAGCUUGAAGAGAGAGGUUGAGAGAUCCAGAAUGGAUAGUAGAGAUCUGCAGAGACAGAUUGAACAACAGAGAGAAUCCUUAGCACUGCGCAGGGAAGGAGACGCUAUGAAGUCAACAAUGGCAAAGAAGAAUAAGGAAUUGUCAGAAUACUUGGAUGAGAUCAAGAUGUUACAAGAAGAAAACGAGACUCUAAAUGAUCAACUCACAGAUGUCAGGAAAGAACUUGAAGAAUCUACAAUGGAGAUGAACAAAAUGACUGAUGAAUACACAAAAUUGAAGACUGUCCUCCAGCAAUCUGAUCUUAUCCUUGAAGACAUGAGAAGGGAAAGAGAUGCGCUAAGAGCACAGAUUCAAGACCUCAGGAUCCAAUUUUCUUCAAAAUCUGAUGCUGAUGAUCAGAUAAUGAUGGCAGUCAAUCUCAAAGUAGAAGAAUGGAAGAAUGUGCUGGCUACAAAAGAUGCAGAAAUAAACCAGUAUAAAGUUAUGAUUGCAGACCUAAAGCAGAGAAUAACAGGUCUUGAAAUGGAUUCCGACAAGUCUUCAUUGGUCAUGUUGCAGCAGGCUUUGAUGGAGAAAGAAGAACAAAUACAAAUGUUGAAAAAGGAAGUUGAAAAGGCAACGGCUGACAUGAAGGGCGUAGUAGACCAAGUUGAAGAAGUCAAAGCKCAGUCAGAAAAAGGUGUGCCAUCUGCCUUCCAACAAAAGAAAAUAGCAGAACUUGGCUCUACUCUAAGAAGAGAACAGCAUUUAGCUGGGCAGGAGAGGGAAAGAAUGUUGAAGGCUGAAGAGGCAGCCAGACAAAAAGACAAGCAGUUGAAUGAUCUGAUGGCAAGAAUGAUGCAGUAUGAGAAGGGAGAGUAUGGACUAAGUGAUGCAGUACAAGAAAUCAAAGAACACAAGGCUCAGAUCCGUAUUCGUGACCAAAAUGUUGAGUAUCUAACUGGUCAAGUCAAUAAACUCAGCCUCGCACUGAAUGAUUUGGAGAUGGAGAAUGAAGAGUUUAGAGAAAGACUUGGACUUGAUCCAAAAGAUAAACUUGACAUUGAAGAAAUCAAGCACAAGAAGAAAGUUAAAGCUGAGCAGGCAGCAGCUAUGAAUAGAGUUUUAGUGAAAGAGAUUGAACGUCUUGAAGAUGAGCGUUUGAAGUUAAAGAAACAGCUUAGAAAGCAAGCCAUGCAUAGAGGAGCAAGGUAA